AUGGCGCGCUUCCGCGGUUCGAUGAACCGCAGCAGGGACUGGGGAAGCUCCGUUAUUGCCCGACGCGCUUGGAGCACCGGGACGGUUACGCUCCUUGCGCUCAUCGCUGCUCUUUCCGCAACUUCCCCAGCAUCCGCGCAGUAUCUCUUCCCCGCCAUCCCCGCGCCGCCUCCCCCGAACUCUUCCGCCGCUGUUACCGCCGCUAACGAGGACGCGCUACCAGUGGUGACUAUAGCGGGGCCUCGGUUAUGGGAAGUACCCGGACGACAACCAGAGAAACGCGCUUCACUAUCUGCUGCCACGUCAGCAGCUACAACCGCUGCCACGUCAGCGGCAGGUUCGUCUGGGUCAACUAGACGACCCAGUGGCGAGGAACUCUAUAUCGUGUAUUUCAGAAACGUGCCGUCCGUUAUAGACUAUAAGGGCGGCAUCCCCGGGUUCGCUGCUACAGCCGCUCCUGCUACAGGCGAUGGUCUUACUGCAUCCGCUGCUGCCGCUACAGCCGCUACAGAUGAUGAUGAUGAUGGUGACGUGGAAAGCUUGGAAGCUGGAUACGAUUCGGAUGCUACAGGCGCCCCGUAUGUUACAGGUGGUGCUGCUGGCGCAGGCGGAAGGUCCGCAGGCGCAAGCAGCGGAGUCGCAAGGAGCACAGGGGAAUCGGUAACAGGACUUCUAAAUGCUUCAGUGGCAUCAAUAGCAACCGCAGGAGCAGGAGUAGUGGGAGGAGGAGCAGCAGGAGGAAGAGGAGAAAGGCGAGCAAGAUCAAGAGCAGCGGCGGCGGCGGCGGCGGUGCAGGCGAUGGGGGAGCUGGACGGGCCGCGCGGAAGCAGGCGCGCGGACGAGCGCGAGAGCGACGUGCGCGCGUUCGCGCAGUUCGUGGGGGGCGUGCAGCAGCACAUGCUGCAGACCGCCGGUAUUCCCAAGAAUCGCAUUGUGCACAGCUACCGCUACGUGUUGAACGGAGUGAGCGUCAAACUGACCCGUUUAGAAGCCCACCGCCUGCAGCGGCACGAGUCAGUUCUCAAGGUGGAGCGAUCCCAAACGGUGUCAGUUCAGACCAUUCACACGCCGCAGUUCCUGCAGUUACCCUCGCGCGUCUGGCCGAGCGUGGGCGGGAGGAGCAACGCGGGGAACGGCAUGAUCAUUGGGAUCGUGGAUACGGGCAUCUGGCCCGAGCACCCCAGCUUCAGCGAUAAGGGCUAUCCCCCAGUACCUCCCCGCUGGCGAGGCAAGUGCACCACCACCAGCGACUUCAAGAGCUGCAGCAAGAAGAUCAUCGGCGCACGCUACUUUGCCGAGGGCCUGGUGGCGUCUGGUGGCUCCGUAGACCCCUCCACGGAGUACCUCUCUCCCCGGGACGCCAGCGACCACGGCACGUGGUGUGCGGGCGCUGCAGCAGGAAACCCGGUAAAGGUGUCAGGAGGAGGGGUGCAGUUCGGUACAGCGAGCGGCAUGGCGCCCAGAGCACGGAUCGCUGUCUACAAGGCCAUCUGGGUGCAGGGGAAGCUGGCCGUCGGAUCGGACUCGGACGUGUUUGCAGCCGUUGAUCGCGCGGUGGCUGACGGUGUGGAUGUGCUGAGCAUGUCCGUGGCUAUUAAUGAGGAGACGUACUUCAAGCAUCUGGCCAUGCUCAGAGCGGCGAGGGCAGGGGUGUUCGUGUCAUUGGUAGCAGGCAACAGCGGGCCUCCCCCAACAAGCCCCAAGAUUUAUCGCACGCUCACCAACCUCUCGCCUUACUACAUCACCGUUGCUGCCAGCACGUCCAGCCAAAGCUGGCCGCCCCAAGCCAGGCUGUCGCUGGGCAACAGGCAGAGUUACCUGGGGGAAACUCUCCUGGGCGGCAGCACUGCGACGCGCCAGCUGUCACUGGUGGACGGCAAGACGGCCGCUGCUGCCGGGUACACCGCUUCCCAGGCAGAGGCGUGUGUGCCCUACUCUUUAGCGCCCUCCAAGGUGCGCGGCAAGAUCGUGGUGUGCUGCACGGGAUUCUCCUACGCGAGUGAGAAGGCAGCAGAGGUGGCGAGGGUGCGGGGCAAGAUCGUGGUGUGCUGCACGGGAUUUUCCUACGCGAGCGAAAAGGCAGCGGAGGUGGCGAGGGUGCGCGGCAAGAUCGUGGUGUGCUGCACGGGAUUCUCCUAUGCGAGUGAGAAGGCAGCGGAGGUGGCGAGGGUGGGCGGGCGGGCGAUCAUUGUGGUGCCGUACGCGAACGGGGAGGGCGCGGUGAAGGCCGUGGCCUUGGGAUUGCCGGGGCUGUUCCUCGUGUUCUGGAAGGGCAAAGCAAUUCGGGAGUAUAUUCGCAGCACCCCCAACCCUAUCGCAACCCUCUCGGCGCUCUUCCUACCCAAGCAGGUGGCUCCCGAAAUGGCCGUCUUUUCAGGCGCAGGCCCCGCCGUCAAUCCCGCUGCAGGCUUCUACGACAGCAGCAAGAUCACCAACGCCAUCUUAAAGCCCGACAUCACCGCGCCGGGCGUCUCUCUCCUCGGCCCCAUGGCCGCCGGAUCUACCUCUGAAGGAUCCUUCCGCGCGCUUUCCGGGACGUCCAUGGCUGCUCCUCAUAUAGCGGGAAUCGCGGCGCUUCUCAUGCAGAAGAACCCGACGUGGAGCCCCGCGGCGGUGAAAUCCGCGAUGCUAACGACAGCGUAUACGACUAACACGGCGAGGAAGUUUAUCCGGACUGCGAAGGGACAGAUGGCUUCGCCCUGGAAUUACGGAUCGGGGCACGUUUUUCCAGCGAAGGCGCUCGAUCCGGGAUUGGUGUACGAUGUUGGCAUGAUGGGUUACUUGUCGUUUCUGACGGGGGUCGAUCGAGCGCAAACGAAAGCGGCGUUUCCGCAGUGGAACGUGGCGCCGAUCCAGCCGUUCAAUCUCAACCAGCCGAAUAUCUGCGUGCCCAAGUUACGGAGUACGGUGGCGGUGUAUCGAAGUGUGAUUAAUGUGAGCGGGAAGCAAUCUAGGUAUUCUGCGAAGGUGGUUGCUCCGAAGAAUGUCGCCGUGACGGUGCGUCCGACGAGCUUUGUGAUUCGCCCGGGCAAGUCGCAGGCGUUCACGGUUACCCUUCGCCCGACGGCUACGACAGGCGCGUUUUCGUUUGGCAGUCUGACGUGGACGGACGGGGUGCAUUCGGUAAGAUCGGUGCUGGCAGUACAACCCAUUGCGGUGUAG